AUGAGUGCCCCUCAAGCACCCGUGGCCCAGGCAGUCACCGUCAGCCUCAAAGAUCUCGAAAAUGGCACCGUCUCAUUCGACACCCUCACCGAGGCCUUUGGCCCAUCAUCCCUGGGAAUCAUGAUCGUAAAGGACUUGCCAGAGAAAUUCAUUAAACUCCGCGCCCAAGUCCUCUCCAAUUCAUCGUAUCUAGCAGCCCUCCCACCCGCCGAACUAGAAACCCUCGAAAGCCCCGAAUCAAAAUACCUCGUCGGCUGGUCCUGCGGCAAAGAAACCCUCAAAUCAGGCCAAUACGACACACACAAGGGCUCCUACUACAUAAACUGCGCCUUCUACCAAGAUCCGAAUCUAAACAACGCCCCUGCCGACGGAUUCCCCGAUUUCCCACAAUACACAGCGCCGAAUAUCUGGCCUGAUGCGGGGAAAUUGCCCGGUUUUCGCAGCGGGGUGCAGGAGCUUUGCUCGUUGAUUAUUGAUACUGCGGCUCUGGUCGCGGGGGCUUGUGAUCGGUUUGCGGAGUCGGAGAUUGGGGGGCGGGUUGUAAGGGGGAGUUUGACUACUAAGGCGAGAUUGUUGCAUUAUUUUCCCUCUGGCGAGGGCGAGGGCGCAGACGAGGGCGCAGACGAAGCGGGUAACGAUGAUGACUGGUGUGCGACGCAUGUUGAUCAUGGCUGUUUGACCGGUCUUACUUCGGCCAUGUUCCUCGAUGAAGAAGCUUCGUCUCCGUCUCUACCUUCUUCGGCUGGGGAUGUUCUUCCUGAAUUGCCCUCGUCGCCGGAUCCCGCGGCGGGGCUGUAUAUUCGUUCGCGAACAGGUCAGAUUGUUAAGGUUAAUAUUCCUAAGGAUUGUCUUGCUUUCCAGACAGGUGAGGCAUUGCAGAUGAUUACCAAGGGGAAGUUCCGGGCUGUGCCGCAUUUUGUAAAGGGGGCGAAGACGGGGACUGGGCGGAUUGCUAGGAAUACUUUGGCUGUGUUUACGCAGCCGAAUCUUGGCGAGGAGGUGGAUGAUGGUGUUACUUUUGCUGAGUUUGCGAGGGGUGUUGUGCAGAAGACUUAUUGA